UGCUGAUCGACAGACACUGCUCCUUCCUGCACGCUCCGAUCGGCGACGACUCGACUGCCAUCUCCCAAGUCGCCGGUGCCAAUGCUGCUCCAGCCGAUGAACGACCCGCGACAAGCCGUCGUCCCGGCCGUUCAUCCAGUCUCUUGGGUCAUGGGCGCCCGGCGAGAAAACCUGGGGCUAAAAUGCGCGGAUCCCUACGAGCCCAACGUCGGCGCGGACCUCCGGGCCAAGGAGAGGGACCCCAUGGAGCACCCCGACGCCGACUACAUGUCCAAGAUGCAGCAGGGCCACCUGAGCCCGUCCAUGCGCGCCGAGCUCGUGCUCUGGAUGGACGCUUUCGCCCGCCACCUCGGCGGCCUCCCGGAGGGCACGCUCUGCCGCGCCGUCGCCUACCUCGACCGCGUCCUGUCCGUGCGCCCCGUGCCGGCCCACGACGAGGCGCUCCAGCUCGUGGCUGCCGCCGCCGUCUCCCUCGGGGCCAAGCACGAGCAGUUCGCCAGCGGGCGGAGGCUCAACGCCGAAGUCGUCCAGGCGUUCCUGGGGACCACCGUGCACGUGGUGGAGGAGAUGGAGUGGGAGCUCUUCAUGGAUCUCGGCUGCGCCAUGGACGGCCCGACCGCGUACACCUUCGUCGAACACUUCACGAGGUUCUUCGGGCGAGAAGAUGAGUUUUUGGUGAGGUCCCUGGCGCUUCGUCUGGUCAACUUGACGUUGGGGUUUUUCGGGUUCGUUGGGCGGAUCCUGCCGUCUGCCGUGGCUGCAUCGGCGCUGUUCCUCGCCAGGCAGAUCCUCGGCGUGCAGUUGCGCCAUAGAGAAGCUGCUUCCUAGGAAAAAUCAUUAAUCUGUAAAUGACGUGCUACAAGGCCAUGGAGUAGAUGGACUGUGUAUGUGAUGCGCCUUCGGAGAUGUCGUUAUUUGUAAACCCUAAUCAAGGGAAUGUAUGUAUCAUGGAUGAAC